GGUUCCCACUGCCGAUCAAACCAGCCCGACCAAGCCCGAUCAAGCUAUUUUGGCCUGGUCGGGCUCGGUCGGCAAGGGCGAUCGGGGUCGGUCUACCUUGAUCGGUAUCGAUCUGGCUUCCUACACGACAUUUUUUGGCAUGCCAAAAAAUAUCGUGUAGGAGUCGUGAAGGCAAGCCAUCGUACAGCGAUCGUGUACUGGUCGAGUAGAGAUCGAGUUGAUCGAAAAUCGAGCGUGUAGAGGUCUAGUUUGGUCGGGGUGGAUUUUUUCCGCCGAUCACUACCCGAUCAUCUCGAUUCACACACAACUUCUACACGAUUGGUUCCCGAUCAACUCGAUCAACAACUCAACUGCUUCACGAUCGAUACAUGUCUGCCCUGAACAUUUACUCGACCGAACUCGCUCACUUCUCGACAGCUUUACGAUCACAUCCCAAUCACUUCUCGACCGCACUCGGAUCUUUCGGAUCGCAACUCAACCAAGGGCAAAGACACAAUUACGUGCUGAUCUUAUCACAUUUUCUUCGUACCAGUAGGCCUAUUAUUACUUUUUACUAUUACUUUUGUAUAUAAAAAAUAUCAGUAAGAGCAAUUCUUUAAAUUCCUUAUACAUUAAACGUGGACCCCUAUGAAAAACAAGUCCCACAAGUGGCAAAUAAAUAAAUAAAUGUAUAAUUUCCUUGUAAUACCCGCCCCCAAAAGAGAGAGAGAGAGAAUGAAUGAUCAUUUACAGUGGUAGGCCUAUAAUUUAUGAACAUUGAUUUUAUUCAGACUGAAUUCAAAACCCGGAGGUCCAUGCGUCGAAUGCUCACUCAGGAUGAACAGAUGAAGAGGACGAUCUCGUGACGUGGCUGAGGGAGCACACCUUUCUGUACGAUAAGUCAUCUGCCCAGUUCAAAAUGAGAGAAAAAAAGAGCAGGACAUGGCGGGAAAAGGAGGACGAAUUGGACUUGAAUCCCGGAGAUCUGUCAUCGAUUUGGUAUCUCAACAUGAGAACCCUGUUUUCGAGACUCAUCAAGACAUCUCGCAAGUCAGGAUCUGGUGCUGCAGAGCGAACAGCAAGACAGGAAUGGAUUCUGAACAAAUUUGAAUUCAUCCGGCCAUACCUGGUUCAGUUGCGUCAUCAGAGAGGAUCCAAUUUUGCUGAAAAGAGGAAGGAGCUUGCCCCAGAGGAAACAGAUGAUGAUGGUGAUGCCGCUUCUGAUUUGUCAGCACCAUCAACUUCAUCUGGAGGCGGUCAAAAAGCAGCUAGUGCAAUCUCCUCGCUGACAUCUGAGUUGGAGUCCGUGCGUGGUGCCAUUACAGGUGCACGGGAUGCAGCUUCUCAGAGUGGCCAGUUAUUGGUGUACUUGAUGCGCCAAAUGGAUCAGCAAAGGAUGAAAUCGUUCAUCACCCGAGUCACUAGGCAGGCUCUCGACCUUGUGGAUGAGAGCCGAGAGGAGAAAUUGCGACUGACAGCUCAGAAGGCAGCUCCGCAGGCACCUAAGCAGGCAACAACAUCAAUGUUUACCCUACCUAAUCUUCCCUCACAUCAGUUCUCAGCAAACAGAAGACGAGCUCCCCCUUCAUCAGCCGCUGGAUUAGCAGGGCAACACCACCAGCAGUUCAGACAGCAGCAACAACUUCAGGACUUUCAGCUUGCCACAAACAUAGCUGCAGCUGCACCACCAGCCCAUCUCACUCCUCAGAUGUCAUACUAUUCCCAUCUACAGCCACCCAAUGUGCAACCUUUUCUCUCGCAACAGCCAGAGAGCAAUUUCCCUGCAGCUGUCUCAACAACCACUACAUCUGUCAUCCGUCGUGCCAUGGAUAUUGUCUGUACACCAAGCACUUCCUUCAGCCUCAGCCAAGAGACAAUUGAAGCAGACAUUGACGACUCUAGCAUCUGUCAUCAGAUUGACUGA